UCACACUUUUCCCUCAGACACCCAAGAUGGCGGCAGCCUCAUCCAUCCAGCCGCCGAGCGUCCACUCUUCUUUAGUGCGGGAGGAGAGCGCACUUUCCCCGGAGAUGGACAGUCCGGGGAGCCGGCAGCCGGAGGAGGAGGAGGAGGCGGCGGCGGCAGUGGCGGCGGCGGCGGCGGCGGCUCCGGUGCAGCCUCCUGAGCCGGGCGUCAGCCUCCGCGAGCUGCCGGACUUGGAGCCGGAGGAGAUCGAGAAGCGUUUGGCCAAAACUCGGCAGGAGCUGAGCAACAGGAGGAAAAUCCUCAUCAAGAACCUGCCGCCGGACACCACGAACCAGGAAGUCCACGAAAUUCUGAAAGAAUAUGAGCUGAAGUAUUGCUUUGUGGACCGCAAUAAAGGAACAGCCUUUGUGACUUUGCUGAACGGGGACCAGGCUCAGGAUGCCAUCCGCUCCCUCCAUCACAGCACUGUCCGGGGACGCUUGAUCAACGUCACUCUGCAGCCCACAGACUCUCUGCUCUGCCUCACCAACCUGCCCCACACCUUCACGUCCCAGCAGUUUGAGGAGCUGGUGCGCGCCUACGGAAACAUCGAGCGCUCCUUCCUGGUGUACAGCGAACUCACGGGCCACUCCAAAGGAUAUGGGUUUGUUGAGUACAUGAAGAAGGACUCUGCUUCUCGGGCCCGCUCUGAGCUGCUGGGCCGACCACUGGGCGAUCGCUCGCUGAUGGUGCAGUGGAUGGACGUCAACCAGCUGAGCCAGGAGGAGAACCUGCACUCCAGGUGUCUGUGUGUGGACCGACUGCCACUGGACCUCUGUGACUCUGAAGAACUGAGCCAGCUCUUCUCAGAAACCUACAAACCGGUCUUCUGCCAGCUUGCUCAGGAUGAGGCUAGUCCUGUCCGGGGGUUUGGUGUGGUGGAGUAUGAGAGCGCAGAGCAAGCAGAGGCUGUUCUGACAGAGAUGGACCGAACCCUGGUGGGAGGACAGGAGGUGCGUCUGUCGCUCUGUACUCCCGGCACCUCAGGGAGAAGCACACUGGCUGCUCUCAUUGCUGCCCAGGGCAUGAUUCUCAGUAAUAGGAAAGGUCUGCUGCCAGAGCCAAACUUGGCCCAGUUGCUGACCAGUAUGACCAACCCGGCCGCCCUGCAGAUCCUCAUGAGACCGUACCACACUGGGAAAAGAGGAGGGAAGUAUGGGCGUCACAGCAGCCUGCCUUUCCUGCGACCUCCUCUCACCACAGCGCUGCUCACACUGGGAAAAGCUCACCAGAGUGCCAUGCUCGGAAACGGACUAGUCCUUCAGAACCUGUUACACAUGCAGCUCGCACAGCAGCAGCUUCUUCACAUCAAAGACAAACGCAUCACUAGUGUCUCCAGUCUGCUCGGGGAUCCAUCCAGGCUGCUGAUGCAGAAAGCGUUGUCUCUGCGGCCUCCAGGCCUCGUGUCACUGGGGAAAGGCCUCCUGGGAGAUUCCCCUACAGGUAAGCAAGAGCGAGAGAGAGUUUCAGUAAAAAAAAAAAAAAAAACAAUUACUGCAAAACAGAGGAAGCUGUAG